GGAGCCUGCCUAGCUUCGGCCAUGGACACGUUGCCCAUGGCGCAGCUACCGUAUCCAGAUCGUUUCCACGCUGCAGCGGAGUUCGCAGGAUUUUCUUCUUCCUCUUCACCGUCGUCUCCCUCUUCCACUUCCAGCCGCUCGCUCAUGAUGCAUUGUUUUCAUGUUCGCCGGCGUUUCGUAGCUGUGAAUUGUGCUUGAGUACACUUGGUUGCGGUGUUGAAGGGGUGUUAAGUUACGGACUUAAGAUUGGGAUUCCUGGGCUUCGUUGGCAGAUCCGUACUUUAAAUUGCUGAUGGACGAGCCGUUCAGAUUCAUAUCUGGACAGAAUUUCCACGCAGCGUUUAUCAGAGGUUUUACCAGAUGAAACUCGGCUUAUCCUAUUUGCGCUCUACAAGCAGGCAACUUUGGGGCCUUGUACAGUAAAAAAGCCUUGGGGUUGGAAUGUGGUUGAACAUGUAAAAUGGACAAGUUGGAAUCAUUUGGGGAAUAUGAACUCCUUGGAAGCUAUGAGACUUUUCGUUCGGACUGUGGAAGGUAUAGACCCUAACUGGUAUGCGAAAGAGCGAACUCUUAAUUUACGGGCUCUAGAAGACUCAGCGGCCGUUGAGUCUGCUUCUAAGGAACUUACCAAGCUGCUGUUGGAGAAAAACGUGCCUACCCUGUCCAAGGCGUCGGAUUCAGUUGUUAGUAAAGAAAAGCAUGUACAAGAUGAAGUUAUGCCAUUGCUCGAAGAAAACAACGAGCUAAAUGAAAGCGAGAUACCCAAAUUGCCUGAGAUGGAUGAGCCAGUUGCCGAAGGUAUCGAUGCAAUCACAUCCUACCGAGAAUGGGUCCCAGUAAAUGUUACGGGUCGUAAGCCACUUGCACGAUAUCAACAUUCAGCGGCGGUAGUGGAAGGUAAGCUUUAUGUAAUCGGGGGGAAUCACAAUGGCCGCUACUUGAACGACGUACAGGUGCUUGAUCUGAAAACAUUGACUUGGUCAAAGGUGGACACCAGAGUUCCACAGUCUCCUUUCUCCUCGAAGCAGGAUCCUCUUCAGCCCUGGCUUCCUCAAUGUGCUGGACACAGACUCAUAAGGUGGAAAGAGCUGCUCCUUGUAGUUGGAGGCCACGCUAAACCUGCCGCCGAGACUGUUACUGUUCAUUCUUUUGACAUCCACUCCUUAUCCUGGACGAAGUUGAGCGUUUAUGGUCAAGCACCUGUUUCUCGCGGAGGACAUUCGGUGACUCUAAUUGGAACACAGUUGUACAUGUUUGGAGGGGAAGAUCUGAAACGGCGAUUAUUCAAUGAUCUUAAUAUUCUAGAUUUGGAAACAAUGACUUGGAAGUCGGUAAUUGCAUCUGGAGCCUGUCCAUCUCCACGGGCUGAUCAUGUGGCAACGGCGUAUAGAGAUUCGUGUAUCUUUGUAUUUGGAGGUGGCUCGCAUUCUGAUUGUUACAAUGAUCUGCAUGCACUUGACCUUGAGACCAUGGAGUGGGCACUGGUGCCUACGAAAGGAAUAGUACCAAGACCAAGGGCAGGACACGCUGGUGCAACUCAUGGGGAUAAUUGGUAUGUCGUUGGAGGUGGGGAUAAUACAGGUGCUAUUUCUGAGACCUUGGUCCUAAAUAUGGCGACUCUGUCGUGGUCCGUUGAGGAUGUUGUUCAGGUUACCAGUGCCACAGCCAGCGAGGGCCUGAGUGUUGAAGUCGCGGAAAACGCUUUAUUGGCAUUUGGUGGAUAUAAUGGCUAUUUCAGUAAUGAGGUACACGCUUAUAUUCUGGGACCAGCACUGUUACCAGAAAUAGUAAACCAGGUGCCUCCAGUGGAGGCGACCGAGCAAAAUACCACGUCACUCAAUGAGGAAGGCUCAUCAUCUGAUUCUGAGGAGAUUAUUGAGUCAAGUGCCCUGGACGAAGAAUCAGAUGCGAAAGUUGUCUCGAAAGAAGAUUCACCAUCCACGUCUAGAAGAGAAGCUCCCCCAAAUGAUGAAAUUGAACAGCGUUUUCGAAAUGAUGAACUCGAGCAGUUGCGAAUGGCAGUUGGGGCUGCACAAGCUGAGGUGGAGAAGCUCAAAGUGGAAAACGCUGCCGCCCUUUCUUCGUUGGCCGAUGUGGAGCAGGAGCUGCUGUUGGUUCGUAGUCAGCUGCAAGGCGAGCAAUCCAGGUCCUUCCGUCUUGAAGUUGAGAUUGCAGAGUUGAGACAGAAGUUGCUUUCUAUGGAGGCUUUACAGAAGGAGCUGGACCUGCUUCAUCGACAGAUGGCUGUUUCUGAAAGAGCAGCAAAUGAAGCAUCUCAAAAAGAUAGUAAGGUUGGUGUUUGGGGUUGGCUAGCAGGCGCCCCUCCUGCCUCUAGAUACGAUUAGUUUUAGUUUAAUGCGCCCUUGUUUUCAUUUACCAAUCUAUUUUCUACCUUACGCUACCAAUAGAUGGCUUAUUUAACUCGUGAUGCUUACAUUAGGUUCGGUAUAUAUUUAAUAAUCUGUAACGGGUUACGGGAUUGCUCCAUUUAUGGUGUUUUGAUUAGCAGCCAACAUCGGCGAAGGGACAGUGUCAUUUUUUGCUUAGUUUUGCAGGCUACCUUCUGAGUUUAGGGUAUGUUAGGUGUUCGUGAAAAUAGGAUUAUUGGUUACAUACUGUUGAUUAUAUACAGCUUUAGAGUUGGAGCUAGUUUAAGAUUUGGAUGUGGCUUGCCUUAUUGCCUACUGUGUCAGCUAGCUGCAGAUGUGAUGGGGGAGGCAAAUCGUUGACUGCUACAAUUAUGAAAGAGAAACAGCGGCUCCCCAUUUCUUUGAGGAGACACUGACUUCAGUUUACAUU